AUGCAAUCACCACUAGUUGUUGAACAACCAAAUAGCCGCAAUGACACUACUACUGCCGCUACAUCCACAACUAACACAACAAGCACAAAUACAAGUAAUACAUCGCCAGCACCUGGCGCAGCUGAUGUGAGUCAAGACAUGGACACCGGUAGGGACUCGGAUACUUACAACCACAUGGCAUCAUCAUCUUCUUCGUCGUUGCCUCCUUCAUUUGACUUUGCCAACGGGGCUGCUACAGCUGGCGGUGCUGCCGCAGGUGCUGCUGCGCCGGCCAUGCUGCAUUUCCACCAGCUGUUGCCCUUGCACGACUGCAACUACAAGAUUACCUCGCCAACUAUUGAAUCAGUCGAUAGCAAGAAGGACUCAAACUUGUCGCAAACCAGUUUUGAUCACCGUGAACCAAGGGAAUCACGCAACAGUGGAGGUGGUGGCUAUUUUCAAGAUGUGCACCCCCUGCAGCUAAAACAUCUGAAACACCUGCAGCAAGCCCACCAUCAACCAAAUCCCAAUACAAAUACUAAUGGAGAUGGAAAUGGAAAUGGCACGGGCUCGGGCUCGGGCACGCUUGUUUCUCAACAACCUCCCAACCCCAAGACUGCAAAAACGACUGAAGUUUCCUCGGAAAACCCCUUUAGAGUUCAGGGACAUGACCUAGAACCACCCCGGAAACCAUCAUACACCUACGAAUUGAACUUGCCCUCCUUGUCAAUUCAAGAAGGACAACAGCAGCUGCAGCAACAUCAAAAUCAAACUUCACCAACUGCUAAUGAGCAUCCUUAUGGUCGUCGGUUGUCGGACGAAGAAUACGAUUUCUUGCCCCUUUCCAUGAAAUUUAUGCAUAAACCCCCGAGGUCAAGAGACUACUUGAUGAAGGCAAACGAUCCCACCAAGGCCAAUAGCAUUUUUAACAAGAGAAUAUCAUCAGCAUCUCCAACUUCGUCGUCAGAAGACAUCUCGCCCGCCGUGUCGCCGAAAUCAUCGCCAGGCUCUAUCUCGUCACCUUUAGCAGACGAAAAUCUCGAUCUUGAAAACUCAACAAUUACGUUGAAAGAUACCACUGACUAUUUUACUCAUAAACCGCAAUUAACUAGAGAAGAAGCUACAGGAGAGGCCAAAACAAGAGCAGGUGCAGGGGCAGGUGCAGGGGCAGGUGCAGGGGCAGGUGCAGGGGCAGGUACAAGACCCCCAGCACAAGAGCAAGACCAAGACGUUUCAUCAGAACAUGCCAUUACAUCAAAUCCAAAUUCGCCAUCUUCAAUUGCACAUUCGCCACCACCAAAUGCAACCCCUUUCUUCUCCCCUCCUCACUCGGGGUACCAACUUGUUCGCAAAAAGUCGGGAGAAUUGGUCAAGCCUUCACUAAAGAGUCCCUCCAUGUCAAAUCUUGAAAAACUAAACGUGCGGCCAAAAUCGUUACCAACUACACCAACUUAUAAACAGGUUCAUUUUGGCGGCUCUACCGAUAUCAAGUAUUUCAAAAAGAAGGAUACGCCAUCGGCUAUUUCCGCGUCAAAUUCACCAAUAACUAGUCCCAUGUUUUCCUCUGCAAGCGACGGCGACGGUGACGGCGACGACGAUGACUACGAUGAUGAUGAUGAUAGUAACAGUAACGACACAGCUAAAUAUGACAAACUGGACAAGUUUUUCCACAUGUCGGGCAACUUUGCUGACCAUCUUCAUGAUUUCAGUCUUGGCAACUCCAGGUACCCCAAAACCAAAGCCAAAACCAAAUCUGCAUCUUCUACUUCAUCUUCUUCAUCUUCAUCAGCUCCACAAUUGAUUAAUUGGGACUUGAAACUAACCAAUUUCCCUCCAUUGUCGUAUCUUCGCAGAAUCGAGCAAGGAUCGCCCGUGUUUUUGGAAAAGAUUUUCAUUUCUGCCGAUAAAAAGUAUAUGCUCGGUCACAUUGCAGUCAAGAAUCUUUCAUUUGAAAAAUACCUUACAGUGCGAUAUUCCGUGGAUACCUGGAUGACCAUCAUUGAAAUCCCUACAACUUAUACUCCAGAUAAAAUUGAUGUUUUGAAGCGAAACAAUUAUGAUCGGUUUGUUUUCAAAAUCUCACUAAAUAAUUUGUUCAACAGUUUCAAGUACUCCAAGAAUGCCUCCUCGUCAACUGAAUCAUUGGUUGACGAUGACGAUGACGAUGAUGAUGAUGAUAAUUAUGUCAAUGGAGAAUAUGAUAACGACGAGCAACAACGUGUGGAAUAUAGAAAAGAACGAGUUUAUCAAAUGUGUAUCAAGUACUAUACUCAAGGUGCAGAAUACUGGGACAACAACAACAGCAAGAAUUAUGAAAUCAAACUAGCUAAAUGCAUUUUGCCAGAGCCAUCGGCACGUACACCAACCAGUAGGCACGACUCCAAAAUCCAGGACCACGCCAAGAGGCCAAGGUACUCGUCGUCGUAUCUUAAGAGAGUCAUGUCUGAUUCCGAGAUUGAACUCAAGGGAAGUGCCACCUCCUCCACGGCCGAUGUGGCCAAGGAAAACACUUCAAAAGCUGUUGAUGAAAAUGGCGUCAAGUCCCCAGGCUCAGAUACAGCCGAUUUCGUUAAUAACAACUACUAUCUCACUUCACCCUUGCUUUCGUCGAUUUACAAUUCAAACUCGCUGGGCGGAAAGAAUGCCGAUGUCGACGAAUACUUGAGAAACACCGAGGAUGCACAGAUUCAAAGUAGUAAACACCGAAAGAUUCAGCCACCCAUGCAACAGGUGGCCAAGAAGCAGCAAGCUGAGCCGAAAUACAAGUCUAAAUUUGUCGAUCAAUUCAGUCGCAAUGACAAUAACCCGCCAAGUUACAACUCCAGCACCACAGCUUCAUUCUCAUCUUCUUCCUCCGGGUCUACCUCCUCGGGCUCCUUUGGCUCGUUUGAUGGUGCGCAGCCGGCACAAAGAAGUGCUGCUCAAGCUGCUGCUGCGCGAGGAGUUGGGCUAAUGAACACCAAGUCGUACAAGGAGCUACUUGAUAACUACUGUUUCUUCAACUCUGCCAGCGAUGGCAAUGCCGCAGAUCAAUUUGGCAACGGCAAUGCAAAUGGCAGCAAUGGAAUCGCUGUACCGGGCAAAGACGCCAAAAGUGAUUCUUCAUUUACGGUUUCCUCAUUCUUGGGAACUUGA